ACUUCCGGCCAUGGCGCCCGGCGUGGCCGAGCAGCUCCUGCAGCGCCUGGACCGGCCCGGGGCCCCCGGCGGGCUCUGCAGCCUCGAGGCCGCCGCCGAGCUCGGCGUGGACCACCAGACGCUCGUGGGCGCCGUGAAGAGCCUGCAGGCCCUGGGGGAGGUGAUCGAGGCCGAGCCCCGCACGGCCACGCGAUGGGAGCUGAGCGCGGAGGGGCAGGAGGUGCUGCGGGACGGGAGCCCCGAGGUGCGGCUGUUCCGGAGCCUCCCCGAGCAGGGGCUCCCCCAGGCCGAGGCCCAGGUGGGUCCGGGGGGGUCCCUGGGCUUCAGCAAGGCCAUGGCCAACAAAUGGCUCCGCCUCGACAAGGGCGCCGGGAGGGCCUGCGUGUUCCGAGCCGUGCCCUCGGUGCAGGACUCGGUGCAGGAGCAGCUGGGCCAGGUGAGGGCGGGGGGGGCCCCGGCCCUGCCCGAGCGCGACCGCGCCGAGCUCAAGCGGAGGAAGCUGCUGCUGGAAGUGACCCUGAAGUCGUUCUGGAUCCGCAAGGGCAGCGCCUUCAGCACGGCCGUGGCGCGGCCGGAGACGGAGCUGACACCCGAGAUGAUUUCCACGGGGUCCUGGCGCAGCCUGCCCUUCAAACCCUACAACUUCUCGGCGCUGGGGCUGCCCCCGCCCUGCGGGCACCUCCACCCCCUGCUCAAGGUGCGCUCCGAGCUGCGCCAGAUCUUCCUGGAGAUGGGGUUCACGGAGAUGCCCACGGAUAACUUCGUGGAGAGCUCCUUCUGGAACUUCGACGCGCUGUUCCAGCCCCAGCAGCACCCGGCGCGCGACCAGCACGACACCUUCUUCCUGCUGGGUGGGACCCUUCUGAUCCUCUUGGAAACAGUGACACCCCCACCCCCCACAAAUCCCACUGACCCCCAAGCCCCUUCUGAGCCCUUUGGAAACCUUCAGAGGGAUCACGGCUCUCAGGGGUACAGGUACGACUGGAAGGUGGAGGAGGCCCGAGAAGAACCUGCUGAGAACCCACUGGCGUCGGCCAGCGCCAGGGCCCUGUUCCGCCUGGCACAGCAGGAGAAGUUCACCCCCGUGAAAUAUUUCUCCAUCGACCGCGUGUUCCGCAACGAGAGCCUGGACGCGACGCACCUGGCCGAGUUCCACCAGGUCGAGGGGGUCGUGGCCGACCGGGGGCUCACCCUGGGCCACCUCAUGGGCACCCUCAGGCAGUUCUUCAACAAGCUGGGGAUCUCCCAGCUGCGCUUCAAACCCGCCUACAACCCCUACACCGAGCCCAGCAUGGAGGUCUUCAGCUACCACCAGGGCCUGAAGAAGUGGGUGGAGGUGGGAAACUCGGGGGUCUUCCGGCCCGAGCUGCUGCUGCCCAUGGGGCUCCCCGACAACGUCACCGUCAUCGCCUGGGGGCUCUCGCUCGAGCGACCCACCAUGAUCAAAUACGGCAUCAACAACAUCCGCGAGCUCGUGGGGCACCGAGUCAACCUGCAGAUGGUCUACGACAGCCCCCUGUGCCGUCUGGACGUGUGACCCCCUCCCCACCUCCCCUUCCCCUCAUUUUGGGGGGUCUCGUCCUCGGGGGUCCUCCCCACCCCCCAAUAAAGUCCCGUGGGCUGGCC